AUGGACGCAUUCGAGUACACCCCCAAUCCCGGCCGUGUCAUAUUCGGCAGUGGGACUCUUCAGAAACUCCCCGAGGAGAUCGCCCGCCUACAACUGAAAGCUCCGCUGGUUCUUUCCACUCCUCAACAGGUCAGCCAUGCCGAGACCGUGAAAGAUGUUUUGAAGGGCCAGGUUGCUGGCAUCUUCGGCGAAGCAACCAUGCACACUCCCACAAACAUUACCGACAAGGCACUCGAGUAUGCGAAGGCACAGGGUGCCGACUCGGUCAUCUCCAUUGGCGGCGGAAGCACCAUCGGCCUCGGCAAGGCGAUUAGCAUUCGGACUGGACUACCUCAUAUUUGCAUCCCUACUACCUAUGCUGGUAGUGAGAUGACUCCCAUCCUAGGCGAGACCGCCGACGGUCUGAAAAAGACUCGUUCUGACCCUAAGAUCCUGCCUGGUACCGUCAUCUAUGAUGUUGACUUGACCAUGACUCUGCCCGCAUCUAUGAGCGCUACCAGCGGUGUCAAUGCGAUUGCCCAUGCUGUCGAGGCCCUCUACGCGCGCAACACCAACCCAAUCAUCAAGAUGAUGGCCAUUGAAGGCACCAAGGCACUCGCGUCCGCUCUUCCAGAAAUUGUCCAAAACCCCUCCUCUCAAUCAGCCCGAUCGAAGGCUCUAUACGGUGCCUGGUUGUGUGGAACUUGCCUGGGCAGCGUGGGCAUGUCUAUCCACCACAAGCUGUGCCACACCCUAGGUGGCAGCUUCAACCUCCCCCACGCAGAGACUCACACUGCCGUGUUGCCCCACGCCAUCUCCUACAACGCCCCCAACAUCCCAGAUGCCAUGAAAUCGCUUGCUGAGGCACUUCCCGAGAGCAACGGUGAUGCGAUUCACGGCCUCAAUGUUCUUCUGGAGAAGUUGCAGGUUAAGCGCGGAUUGAAGGAAUACGGUCUGAAGGAGGAGGAUGUCGACAAGGCUGCUGAUAUCGCUGUCUCAAACGCUUACUGGAACCCCCGACCGAUUGAACGCGAACCCAUUCGCGAGGUUAUUCGUAGAGUUUGGGCGGGUGAACCCGCUCGUGCGGAUUUAUAG